GCUCCGUUAAACAAAAGAACGGUGCCGACGACGCGAAUUGUUUUUGUUUUGAUCCGGUUCGAUUUCUGAUUUGUGUCAUUGGAAACUAACAGACUCGCCGUCCUACACAGAAUAUCGAGCCUGGACCUCUCAUCAAGCCCGCCGUCAGCCGAGAGCUUUCAUACCGUUUGAAUGAUGAAUGUUGAACCAGAAGACGAAAUCGUUCUCUUUGUUAAACUCGGCUAUGAUGGCCAAAGUCUGGGUGCGUGCCACCAGAGCCAGAGAGUGCACAUGCUUUCAAGACUCAAGGCAUCUGCAAAAGUGAUGCCUUUUCCUCGAGUGGUUCCUGUCAAUACGGCAAAACCUCCAAAGGAGUUCACUGAGUUGGAUAUGAGACUGCGGCUACCAGUUCUUCAUGUCACACCGGCUGCCAUGGAGGAUGGAUUUGAUCCAUUGGAUUCAUCAGAUGACAUUGUAGUGGCCUUAGAGGGAAGGUACCCUGGAGGAUUAUGUACAUCGAACAGUCAAUGUGAGGCAGAAGCGGACCAGGCAUCAAGGGAUUUCUUUUCAAAGUUUUGCUUUCUUGUUCGAGGUGUGGCAAAAGAAAGUUCUCAUUUGGAAACUGAACUGCAGACCUUAAAUAAUUUUCUUGAAAGUUCAAGUUGCGAAAGAGGAGAAGGAGGCUUUCUAUGUGGCUCCUAUCCUUCUUUGCUUGAUUGUGAAAUCCUCCCCAAGUUGCAUCAAGUCCGAGUUGCUGCUCAAGCCCUGAAGGGAUUUUCAAUACCACCACAUUUUUCAUCAUUGUGGCGUUAUCUGCAUGCCGCAUACAGCUGCACUGCAUUUACUGAGUCUUGUCCUCCUGAUCAUGAAAUCAUAUUACACUGGCUUGAACACUGUGGAACUCCAGAAGCCAUGAAGCAAAGCCGCAAAUUGCUGUCACAGAUUGGAAGCGAGCGACAUCAGCCUUCUUAUUCAUUUAGCAUUCCUGCUAAGGCCACUCCUGUAGUAAUUGAUGACUAAAGAAACUACACACUAGUGUAGUAGUUGUAUUAUUAAAUUUGGAGAAGAAUUUGGCUUUCAUUUUACUUAGUAGUUCUUACUAUGUAUCAUUGGUAUUAUUUUUCCAUGCCAUUUGCUAUUUAAGCAGCUUCCAUGAGAUUUUUCCCAAGGUUUAGAUAAGUGACUAAGAUAGUGCCUUUGUGUGUGCAUGGCUUUUUACUUACUAAAAUCUCCUAUUGCAUUGACUUACCAAACUCAUGUGAACCGUAUACAAUACUUUUUAAGUUUGUUAAUAUUGUUGUUGACUAAAAGCUGAUGGGUGAGCUCAGCUCAACGCAGCAUACAGAACUUGCCAAAGAUGAAUGAACGGUAUUUACCUUGUCCAUGUAUCAAUUAUCCAUGAAGAUAAUGCUUUGUUGAUUGAUACUGCAAUAUUAUCCAGACAAUACUAGUCGUAUGUAUAGGUCCAAAGCAUAGCUUUAGAAGACUGUUUAACUCUUAUUACAUAGGUAUAGUAUUAACAUUUGACAUGUCUAUUUUUGGAAGUCUUUUAUUUUUCCCCUCUAGGGUUUACAAAUAGGGUCCAUUGCCAGUUUGCUGUAUAACUUAAGUAUCAUUGUGACUUAAAAUUCUGUGUUUAUUGCUAUCGAUGUCAAGAAGAAUUUUGUGAUGUUUUUAUUGUAGCAGAGCACAUAUUUUGCACCUGUAAUUCACAUUUGGACUUAGCAAAUAUUUGCACGACUUUUUCUGGUUCAUAUUUUUUCCCACCUACUGGUCUGAUGGAAGUUUACAGAAGGGAAAAUAAUAACCCUGUAUCUAUUUCUGGAUAUUUUUGUAUGGUCCUUUAAAGGGCACUUCCUUGACUUUUAGUUCUUAAUUUUGUAAAGUCGUAUGUAAGAUAUGUUCCCCACCAACUGUAUUUCCUUAUGUGAAUUCGAUGUACCAUUUUACAUGACAUAAUAUUUUUCUGAACGACAAAGAAAUACAUUUUAUUUCUAGUCAAUUAUAAAUAUACCAGUAUUUGUUUUUGUGCUUACUAACUUCGUUUUUGUUUUGUUUUUCAUAUUGACUUAAUUAGGUUAUCAAGGAGCUGUUUGUUUUUUUGUUGUUUUUUCUAACCCACCGAGUGCUUAUUUCUACUUUGUACUGUGACCUGCAGAACAUAUAAUCAAAUGCAGUCUGUAUUUCCAUUUCUCCACCUAAACAGUUAUAGUUUGUUUUGUGCCACUACCAAUCCUUUUGCUUCUGUAAAAUAAGAAUAUGUAAUUAACAUAUAUACUAAAAAUACAGGAUUGAGUUAACUGUUACAGACUGUUUUAUUUAUGGUUUGCUCUCUAUCUCUGUGAUUGUAACUUUUCUUGUUUCUUGUAACACAAAUACUCUUGUUUGCUUUCACCAUGUACAUGUGCCUUACCUAUUGGUUGUGCAAUAAAGUUUUUAUUAGUGUUUUGAA